UACCCCGUUGUCAACUCUUAUGACCUGCAAUGACAAAUAAUGUGAUAGAGCAAAUAUUGACAAUAAAAUCAUCACAGCUGGAGAAGAUUGUAAUCAGGAUGAAAAUAUCUGCUGUGGAGCUGUCGUCCAAGCCAUGAGAUGGUUCAUCUCUUCAAGAUGUAUUCCUUUCAGGUAUAGCUGUGUUGCUGUUGCCGCUAGUGUUCACCAGACUUUGUUUUCCUCAGUACUAACCCUCAUUACAUAUAUAUUUGCACUGUCAGUCUGUUGGUAUUGUCGCUGUUGUUUCCUGCCAUCAGGUCUGUGUUGUCUGCCCAUGUCACAUAUUGACCUCCGAGGUGCAGUGAUCGUGAAAGGUCCCUCGCAUGACGUUCGCCAUGAAGAUGAAGCUCAGCUAUAGGCGAUAGGCGGUUCCUCUGAUGGGACGCCCACCCUUGUGUGAAAAAAGUUUUCAUUUUGCUAUUCAGUAGUACUUUGUCAGACUUGGUCAAACCUUCGACGACAUUUACCCAGCUUACGAAGACCUUCAAUACAAGUUGUUACAGUAAACACAAUGUUGUAGAUUGUUAGUACCAGAACACAGUGUUGUUUUGUUUUCAUUAUCACCUCCCUUCUUUCCCUCUAUGUAUGUCUAUCUGCCUAUCUGUUUCAGUGACCUUCCCUCUCUCAUUUCAUCAAGCAGAGUAAGAUCGUAACAGUAAAUAAUGCACAAGAAAAUAAAUAUACAAUAAAACCGGCAAUGUAGCUUUUACCGACUACUCAAUGGCAGUAACUGUCAGCGUGUAAUAAAUUCCGGUUUAAAUUUCUCAACUGUGUAGCGUAAAAUAACGAAACACCCGUAAGUCCUUUCCUACAAUACAAUAUUCUUAGCGAAUGUAUGUGACAGAUUUUAAAAACUAAUAUGUUUUAAAGAUAUUUGAUGUAGUUGACAGAGUUCAUUUUCUGUGUUUACUGUGUACGUGUUGCCACUAGGGCUGUAAGAACAUCAUAAAUAAGCCUAGAAUGACGUAAUAUUACAUCACAGUGCAUAAUAUCGUCAUGCACACGUCAUCAAACUCUUAUUGCAUCAUUUUCUGAUGUAAUGUAGAACUACUGCCAGGCGGCUGCUGAAGUAAGCUGACGUCACAGUGUUCUAUAUAUAGCCCAGUCACAAAAGUUGAGCAUUGAAAAUAUUUCAGACUUCGUGGGAGACAGUUUAAACUACUGUUACAUAAACUGUUAUUAUUUUAUCUAUUCAGUUACAAUACAGAAAAGAUUGCUUCGAAAGUGCGCUAACACCGUGGAAAAAUAUUUGCUGCAUUUGUGGGGAAGGGACAUUUGCCGACCAGAAGAAACUAUCAAUUCUCAAGUGAAGUACACAUAUCAUCUCUACUUCGGAUGCAAGAUUGGCGACCAAGACAAGCCUUGGGUCCUGCAUAUAUCUUGUGCUACAUGUGACACACAGCUGUCACAGUAACUCAGCGGCAAAAGACCAUCAAUGCCUUUACAGUCUCAAUGGUGUGGAGAGAGCCCAGCAGCCACCCAAAUGACUGUUACUUUUCUUUGGUUCCUCCUCUUUCCGGCGGGAUAACGAAGGAAACGAAGUCGAGAAUAGUCUACCCCAACAUUCCGCUUGUAUUGAGAUCAGUGUCACAUGGUGAGGGACUUCCUAUUGCAGAACCUCCAGCAGAGUAUUCUCUUGAUUCAGCUGAUGACGACGGUGACCUCACCUAUUCUUCUCCUGGUCAGUCAGCAUGCAAUGAACCAGAUUUUUACUGUGGUGCAUCAUCAACCCACACACAGGAAGAGCUAAACGACCUGGUUCGUGAUUUGGACAUCCAAGGAUUGAUGGGUUCAAGACUCCAACAAUGGAAUCUUCUAGAAGAAGAUGUCACAAUGACUUCAUAUCAAAAGCACCACCAGCAGUUGGAGCCUUUCUUCAGAAAGGAAGAGCAAGUCAGCAAGUUCUGUCAAGCGAAACCGGAAUUUUGUUUUUAUCAUUGAGGCCUGGGAUCAGUAAUAGAAUCUAAAUGUUUUUCUUCACCGUCGUUAUCAAGACAUGCAUCAAACUUCGCCAAUUGAAACUGGAAAUGUGUGUAGGGCUGAUAGUGUAAGUGGUCAAAGGACUAGAGCUGUUUAGUUUCUGUCCAAUCCUCAUUUUCUGAUCCAAGUAUAUCUACAGUGUGUUCCUGUGUUUCUCCGUCAUUCGAUACGUCGCUGAUGGUAUAAACAUUUCUCCCUUUCUCUUCCGACACUCUGCACGUUAGAGGGCUAUUGUCUUGAUUAUCUCCUCUAAUCAACCAACAUGACUAAGACCAGCUUGGUGCUGACGGGACUUCUACUCUUCAUCGUACAAACAGUUUCAGAAGAGAACUGCACAGAAAUUGUAGAUACUUGCAAGGCUCUUCUAGGGUCGAUCCUCAAUGCAGUAGUCGCCAAUGAGCCAUGGAUUUAUGGAGAUCAUUGCCAAUCUAUAAGACACUGGGACAAUGAUUGCAACAUCUUGUACCGUAACUUUUGGGCUUGUCUGAAAAGCAAAAUGUCUAUAUGUAGCAAUACGAAAGUCUUCAGAGAACUAGAACUUUUUCGAACUGAUUACGAGAAUAGAUGCUCACGAGGUAUGUGCCAAAUGAAGAUCAGAAAAUGCUCCUGUUUGAUUAAUCCCUUAAACGAAAGAAAUGAGUCAAAUGCUAUGCUGGCGAUGAGACAUGCCUGCAAAGAAGUGAAACUUGUACAAGACUGCCUGAAGAAGAUUGAGGACUGUAAUCAUUCUACAGACAUGAUGCGGGCCAUUACACGUUAUAAAGUUAUAAAAGAACUUUGCAAAACAGAGUGUCCUGCCUCGUUUAUAUGUUUUUCUGAUGUGCUAAAUGCCCGUGAUUCUAAUCCCUAUGCUGUUGACGGAUACGUCUGCAGGUAUUAUAGAACACUCUUCCAGUGUUUGUCAGCCAACACCAAAGCCUGCAGUACCAACCACUCUGAGAACUGGCUGAGGAUUGAAAGAAGCUUUCAGGCAGUUUGUUCAGCUUUUAUACUGUGGCCAAAGUCUUCCAACUGUUCAUCCUUCAAGACCUGUGUAGGGAAAAAAGACUUCACAGCGGGGGUCCUUUUCCAAGACGACGUUACAAGAGAGGAAACGUUUGACAAUGAGAAAUAUGUAAACAUUGUUGUCAACAUCAACAAUCCAGGCUGGUGGUGCACACUACUGAUACAUGUACAAACAUGCCUGAAGGCUGACGACUGUCACCUAAAUGCAUCAGACGGACAACAAGCAUCGGCCUUCAAUGUCACACUUGAACUAUGUGAAGGAACUGAUAACAGACACAGCUGUUCAGGGUUUCUUCAUGCCUGCAAUCCAUCUCUCAAGUCAGAUGCACAGUUUGGUGUCAGAACCCGCCAGUCAAUCCAGUUAGUCCAGUGCCACGUCAUCCAAUCUGUGGAAACUACCUGCACUUCCUUUGAGGAAAUGGAAACUUGUGCUAAUAAUAUUUUGCUGACAUAUGUGUGUGACGACGACCCUGAGUUCAUCAGUGAGUUAAGAAACCUUCAAGAGUCUUACACUGACCCUUGUUCCAAAGACAACCUGUGUGCAGUGGAGUUCGUGAAGUGCGCGUGUACUGCCGACCUCCUGGACGCCGACAACAUGUGCAAGACUAUGGACAGUUACAAGAACUGUGCAGGGAAGAUCAAAGGCUGUGAUAAGGCUACAACAGUGUGGCAGUCGCUCUCCGUUACAUUUAAAAUGGCAGCAGGAGCUUGUACAACAGAGUGUCCCAGUGCUUUUACUUGCUGGAUGGAUGCUCAGGAUCAGGUAGACUACCUGUUUGCCAGACUGUAUUCUGCUGUGGAGACAAUGACAAACGACACUUGCAGGAGUCUUGUGCCGCGGUUCCAGUGUCUCUCUCAAAGCACCAGUUCAUGUAGGGACAGCCUCAGUCACAAAUGGCAGCAAGUUGUAAAAAGCUACGAGGCGGUUUGUAAAGUUUUUGAGCAAAACACAACAAAGACUUGGUCCUGUCCAAGUGUCAGGACGUGUGUUGACAAAGCACAGCUGGUGCCGGGGGUCAGUCUUGGUGACUUGGAGACACUGGUCUCUGUCUCGCUUUCCGCUGAUGACGUCGGAGCGGCCAUACUUACUCCCAGUACAUGGUGCAGGGUUCUAAUCCAUGCCACCGAGUGUUUGGCACAAGAGGCCGAAGUCUGUUUAUUAACAACAAUACAGGAAAACCUUGCCGCUGCCAAUGCCACAGUGAGAAACUUAUGCAAAGAAAAGUUGGCAGCCAUGUCGUCACUGUCGCCCAUUACUUAACGGAAAACGAAGAAAAUCUUAAAUGUCUCGUUCAUUUGAAUUCGCUGUGAGGUGUGUGGGGGAGGACAUAAUCACCAGCCGACAAGGAUCCCCUCAAUGUCAAGCAGGUUUGGUAUGGUGAAGUCUUACAUUUAUAUGUUAUCCUUGUUGCUAAACAUUUAUGUAUAUUUUUAACAUUUCCAGAAACACAAGUAUUCAUUUCCGAUCAUUUAUAUAUUAAACUGCUUGAAAACUUCUAGGAAUCCAAUUUGUGAGUUUCGAACGGAUUGAAUUAGUAAAUAAACAAUAAGCAACAGUAAGCAGAUGGUUGUAUGACUCCAGUGUUACUGGAACAAAGUUUUAAAAAAAUAUAAUUAAAGUAUAGAAAUAUAAUUAACAACUUUCUUCUCU